CAAGUCUGCGCUGCCGAGGUGGGCGCCGAGAGCUGGGCGCCACGGCCCGCGCGUCCCGCUGCGCCCCGCGCGCCUCGGGGUCUAUGGAGCAGCCCCUCCGAGACGCCCGGCCGGCCCCACGCCGCGCCCGGAGCCUGCUCUGCGGCCAAGUAACCGGACUGGCGGUCCUGCGGGAGACACGGGGCUCGGAGCCCGCCUGAGCGAGCCCCCCGGAGAUGGCGGCCCCCUAUCCCGGCGGUGGCGGUGGAAGCGAGGUCAAAUGCGGGGGAGGCCGCGGCGCCAGCGUCCCGUGGGACUUUCUACCCGGGCUGAUGGUCAAGGCGCCGUCCGGACCAUGCCUGCAGGCUCAGCGCAAGGAGAAGUCCCGGAACGCGGCGCGCUCGCGGCGCGGGAAGGAGAACCUGGAGUUCUUCGAGCUGGCCAAGCUUCUCCCGCUGCCCGGCGCCAUCUCGAGCCAGCUGGACAAGGCUUCCAUCGUGCGCCUCAGCGUCACCUACCUCCGCCUGCGCCGGUUCGCCGCGCUGGGGGCGCCGCCCUGGGGGCUGAGAGCCGCGGGGCCGCCGGCCGGCCUCGCCCCAGGCCGCCGCGGCCCCACAGCGCUGGUCUCCGAAGUCUUCGAGCAGCACCUGGGAGGACACAUCUUACAGUCGCUGGAUGGCUUUGUGUUCGCCUUGAACCAGGAAGGAAAAUUCCUCUACAUCUCAGAGACAGUCUCCAUCUAUCUGGGUCUCUCACAGGUGGAGAUGACGGGCAGCAGCGUCUUCGACUACAUCCACCCAGGGGACCACUCGGAGGUGCUGGAGCAACUGGGACUGCGGGCCCCGACCCCCGGCCCCCCAACCCCGCCCUCCGUCUCCUCUUCCUCCUCUUCCUCUUCCUCUUCGCUUGCGGAUACUCCCGAGAUCGAAGAAUCUGGAUUUGUGAGUCUUAUUUGUUGCUAUUCCCCAUAUCCCCUGUCGUGGGCCAGGCCCUGUCCUGAAGACUCGCAGCUGUACAGGUCUGGCCUUAGAGGGCCAAGCUGGGGUAGAGAGAUCAGCCUGGAGUUUAGGCAUCUGGUGGCGAGCCCUGUAAAUGCCUCAGGGUGGGGCUCCCACACUUACCCUUUGGGGUGUCCACACUUGUUGGGAGGGGCAGGAGGGAUCCCUGGAUGGCCAAGGACCCCUCUCCUAACUGCGUGCAUCCAUCUUGUCCCCAGCCAAACUGAGGGUGGCCAAACUCCUUUGGAUGCUUUCCAGCUUCCAGCCAGCAUGACCUGUGAGGACGAAUCCAGCCCGGGGCCAGAGCCCACAGAGCCGGAGCCUCCAAUGGAAGGGAAGGAGACUGCCUCGCUGGAGAAGGAGGUCCCCCAGACGCAGGGCAAACGCAUCAAAGUGGAGCCCGUCCCGAGGGAAACCAAAGGCUCAGAGGACAGUGGCGACGAGGAUCCCUCCGGCCACCCGGCCCCACCGCGGCCCGAGUUCACCUCCGUCAUCCGGGCAGGGGCCCUGAAGCAGGACCCAGUGCGGCCGUGGGGCCUGGCACCUCCCGGGGACCCCCCGCCUGCCCUCCUGCAUGCGGGCUUCCUGCCGCCCGUGGUGCGGGGUCUGUGCACACCGGGUGCCAUCCGCUACGGCCCGGCGGAGCUGGGCCUGGUGUACCCGCAUCUGCAGAGGCUGGGCCCAGGCCCCGCGCUCCCGGAGGCCUUUUACCCGCCCCUGGGCCUGCCCUACCCGGGGUCUGCGGGCACCAGGCUGCCGCGGAAGGGGGACUGAGGACUGGAGAGCCGCCGGCGCUGGGCCCUGCUCUGCCCGUAGCCCUGAGAAUUAAACGCCGGCUCCCUCCGCAGUGGUUUGGGCUCC